GAAGUCUCCUUGCCCAUGUCCAGGCAACCUGGGCGCUCAGUGCAGCUACUCAAAUCCACUGACCUCGGGCGCCACAGCCUGCUGUACCUCAAGGAAAUUGGCCAUGGAUGGUUUGGCAAGGUGUUUCUCGGUGAGGUGAAUGCAGGGCUGAGCAGCACUCAGGUGGUAGUGAAGGAGCUCAAGGCCAGUGCCAGUGUGCAGGAUCAGAUGCAGUUCCUGGAAGAGGCCCAGCCAUACAGGGCACUCCAGCACACCAAUCUCCUGCAGUGCUUGGCCCAGUGUGCAGAAGUGACACCCUACCUGCUGGUGAUGGAGUUCUGCCCACUGGGUGAUCUGAAGGGCUACCUGCGGAGCUGCCAUGCGGCUGAGGCACUAGCACCGGACCCGCUGACGUUGCAGCGCAUGGCCUGUGAGGUGUCCUGCGGCCUGCUGCACCUUCACCGCAACAACUAUGUGCACAGUGACCUGGCGCUGCGGAACUGCUUACUCACAGCUGACCUGACUGUCAAAAUCGGCGACUACGGCCUUUCUCACUGCAAAUACAAAGAUGACUACUUUGUGACGGCUGACCAGCUUUGGGUACCAUUGCGCUGGGUGGCACCUGAACUCAUCGAUGAGGUGCACGGCAACCUGCUGAUCGUCGACCAGACCAAGACCAGCAAUAUCUGGUCGUUGGGCGUGACCAUCUGGGAGCUCUUUGAGCUGGGUGGCCAGCCCUAUUGUCAUUACUCAGACCGGCAGGUGCUCACCUACGCCAUCAAGGAGCAGCAACUUAAGCUUCCCAAGCCGCAACUCCCGCUCUCUCUGUCUGACCGCUGGUAUGAGGUGAUGCAGUUCUGUUGGUUGCAGCCAGAGCAGCGCCCCACCGCGGAGGAGGUGCACCUGCUGCUCUCGUACCUGUGUGCCAAGGGAGCCUCGGAGGCGGAGGAGGAUUUUGAGCGGCGCUGGAAUUCCAUGAAGCCCGGAGGGGGCGGUGGCUCUGGCUCCGGCCACCUGGGCGUGGAGCUGUCGUCCUUCCCCCUCCUGGAGCAUUUCUCCGGUGAUGGGGAUGAUGUCCUGACUGUCAUGGAGACAAGCCACGGCCUCAACUUUGAGUAUAAGUGGGACCAGGGCAAAGCCGAACAUCUGCCCACCUCGGCCGUGAGCCCCCGCGGUGCGGCACGCUACCACGAGCUCUACUACGCGGCCAGCAGCGGCGGCGGAGGGGGUGCUGGGAACCCCCUCAGCCUCGGGGUCUCGCCCUCCUGCUACGAGUGCAAAGUGCAAGGCUGCCCCGGCUUGCACACGCCGGGCGUACUGCCUGUGCUGAGUGCGCACAGUCCCUCCCUGAACAGUGAGUACUACAUCCGCAUCGAGGAGGCGGCCUCCGAGGGCAGCGGGACGGACCUCGAUUACACCAUGUGCUCCUACAGCCCAGAGUUUGGCCAUUCCUCCCGCUGGCAGAGCACGGAGGGCCGCUACGCCCCGAGCCACAGCCCCACUGCCUCGCUCACCAUGGAGCCCCUCCUGGGCCACUCGGCCCACGGGGACAGCCACUGGGAGCCCCCUGAGUAUUACUCCUAUGGAGGACAAGGGGACAAGGAGGCCCCGUACUACGACGAGGCCUCCCCGAAGAACCAUGCCGAGAACUACCUGCUCAAGGAGUCCAGUGCCUUGGAAUGGCCUGUUCUGACUGUGCAGAAAAGCAUCUUUGCUGACCCGCUGGGGGUGUCGCCAUCAGUGACCUACAGCUACAGGGAGGCCAGGUCAGACUCGGUCACUCUGGAAAUGGAGGAGGAGGAAGAGGAGGAGGAGGAGGAAGAGAACACGUGCAAUAGCCCUAGGAACGGAGGGGCUCAGAAUGAGGAAUCCCCUUCCUCCAGCAAGCAGUGGACAUCCAAUACCUCGGCCAAUAACAACAGUGGCCACCUGCUGCCACCCUGCGAGCCGCCUGCCAAUGAUAGCUGGUGCUACCGGCACAUGAUCACCUUCCAGGGACUCAUGGCAGAGCCACUGUCCUCAGUGCCAUGGGACGAGCCGACACUCGGGAUCAAGGACCUGCGAGCAGCCCUGCUGGGUGGGGAACGUGUGGCGUCGCCUCGCACAAGCUCUCUGAGUCCAGAUGCUGACUUACCUGCGGAGGAAAAAUCACCAGCUGAGAAUGCUGGUACAGAGGCCAGCUUAGGGGACACCGCGGCUCCCUUGACGGAGAGUGGGGAGGAGAGCCACCAGGCCAUCGCCUUGCCCCUGGGGGAGACGGAUUCGGUGACGUUGGCGGCAUCCGUGCCAGAACCUGCUGACUGCGUGGAGGCUGAUGACGCAACCUGGCCAGUUGAGCUCAUGGCUGAGAGGGCUGGAGCAGGGGAGGACCCUGUCCUUGUGGAAGAGGUGGUGGCUGAAUGCUCACCUCAGGUGCCACUGGAAAGCAAUACAGAAAGGGGCAAGAGCACCAGCAGUGAACAGGACAGGACCCCCGACAAGACCGUGUCCAGUGCCAGCUUCCCGGACCUGGACGAGGCCAGUGAUGAGGAUACAGCUGAACUGACCUCAGGAGUCUUUAGUGACUUCCAGGCUGAGGGUACUGAGCGGCAGGAUAUACUUCCCACCUUCAAGUCUUUGCAGAAGCAGGUGGGGACCCCCGACUCCCUGGAGUCUUUGGAUAUCCCCUCAACCACGAGCUCCUGCGAGGCAUUCAGCCCCACAGCCUACAUCCCCUCGAGUCAGCCCAAGGCCUUGGACAGUGGCUAUGACACAGAGAACUACGAGUCCCCUGAAUUCGUCCUCAAGGAGCCUCACGAGCCCCGAGAGCCCGAAGCCUUUGCCCAGCUAGGCAAGGCUCAGGAGGACAGGGAGGACCAGGCCAAGGAGCUGAGCCGCUCUGAUUCGUUCAGCGCUGACCUGCAGGGCCUGGAUGAGAAGAACCCUUACCGGGACUCUGCCUACUUCUCCGACUAUGAUGCCGAGGGGGGGGCACGGGAGGAUGGGGAAGGGGAUAGUGAUGGUUCAGAGGGGCCUGAGGGGCCUCCGGCCUCCCAGGCAGACGCUGAAGGCUUGGGGAGGGCCUCUGGCCCAGACGGCAGUGUGGGGGAGUCUGUGCCUGCCUGUGUGGGGCCCUCUUGCCCGCUGGGAGACAGCACAGGGUGCCCCUCUGCAGCGACUGAGGAACAGGACAUGAGGGAAGGCACCAGUGUCAGCUCCUCCCAAGAGCUGUUGGCGAAUGGCGUUGCUGCCGAGGAGCUGGACACGAGCACCUCCCGCUGUGAGGGCGAUGGGACUGUGGCAGUGCCUCAGACUCCAGGCCCCCCUACCAGAUCCUUCUUACUAUCCCCAGUGGCUGCCAGUGUCGAGGAGCCCCCUGCCACCAGUGGGGGAGCUGUAGGGGCAGGAAACGAAGGGCUGGAGGCCGCAGCAAGGGAGGCAGAGCAGCGUGGGGCAGCCCAGGGCCUCGGCUGUCCGGAGGAGCCCCAGAGCAGCCCUGGCCUCCUGCUGGACCUGUCAGUGGUGCCAUCCCGGCACUCGGCUGUCCCCACAGAUCUGGAAGAAGAGGAAGAAGACACCGAGGACAGCGAUGAGUCUGAUGAGGAGCUGCGAUGUUACAACAUCCAGGACCAGAGUGAGGAGAGUGAGGAGGAGUCGCCCACUGUCCCCAUCGUGGUGGCCGAGAGCAACAGCACUCGCAACCUGCGCAGUCUGCUCAAGAUGCCCAGUCUGUUGGUGGAGACCUUCUGCGAUGACCUGGAACGCAAAAAGAAAGCCGUCUCCUUCACCGAAGAUGUUACUGUCUACCUCUUUGACCAGGAAAGCCCCACGAAGGAACUUGCAGAGCAGCCUUUCCCAGGAGCGACAGACCCUCCCCUGGCAUCACCUGUGCAGAAGGGCAGCAAUGGCUCCCCAAGCCCCACUGGCAGGACGGAGACACUCGUUGGCUCCUCGGCAGGGAGUGCCUCUGGAGAGAGCAAGGGGGGUGGAUUCGAUUGGAAAGAUGACUUUGCGCUCAUGCCAGUGAAAUCCUCAGUCAUGGCAUCUCUGGCCCCGGUGGCACCCGAGCCCGCCCUGCCCAGACUGCCAUCCACACUAGUGCCAGCUCAGAAGCAGGUGCUGCCCAUCCAGUUUUCACGCUUCACGGUCUCACCUGCGCCAGGGUCACGGUUCUCCAUCACACACGUCACCAGCCCCGAAGUCAAGUCUGUAGGAGGCAGCAGUGAAAAUGGCGACAGGGAGUGA